UAUUAUGGCUUUCUCACAAUCAGUUAUAAAAAGUCAGGCUCCUGUAAGUUGUGGUCUAUGUGAAACUGAUAGACAAAUUAAGUGGAAAUGUUUGGAAUGUAGUCUACUUAUGUGUAAUCAUUGCAAGGAAAAGGUGCAUUCAAAAUUUAAAACUUUUCAGGAUCAUAAGAUCAUUGAUAUCAGAGAGAUAGGAUUGCAUGCUGAGGAAUUGGAUUUUAAAAACAUUAAGUGCAAAGAACAUGCUGAACAUAACUGUUGUCUCUUCUGUAAAACCUGUGACAAUUUAGUCUGUCCAACUUGUGUGUCCAAAGUUCACAAGAAACAUGACCUUAUUGAAAUAAGGGAAGGAUAUGAUAUGAAAAUAGACGAACUGAAAAAAGGACAAACUAAUAUUCAAAAGGAAAAAUCAAAAAUGGUAGCUAAAAUGGAUCAGAUGAACAAACUUACAACUGCAGAAAAGUCAAAAUUCACAAAAGUAAGUCAAGAUAUUCUUACUCAUGAAAAAUCUGUCAGAGCUGCAGUUGAUAAUUAUUUUAAAGGGCUUAAAAAUGAACUAGAUCAAGGUCAUAAAACUGCUAUGAAGUCUAUUGAAUCUGAUCAAAAUGCUGUGUCCGUUUCAAUGAAGCUGGUAGAAGACAAAGACAAUGAAGUCCAGGACUUAAUUCAGAUUACUGAUGCUACAAAAUUCUUCUCCAAUGUCAACUUGAUUGAAGAAUCCUUGACAGUUCUAACACCACAAACCAAGUCAAGUUACAACUCUACACCAAUAUUUAUACCAGGAAAGAUCACACUGUCUAAUGUUGGAGUCAUACAAAGUGAUCAUACUCCAUCAGCUGAAUCAAAUGUUGUUUUAAAUAUCAAUAAACAAUAUCAAACAGAACUCAGUAUGAUUUUACAUUUAUCUACAUCCCCUGACAAUUCAUUAUGGAUAAGUUCUCAAUCAGAUGGAGAUUUACAAAAAGUUGAAUUAGAAGGAAACAAGCUGAGAGUCAUAUCUAACUUCAACAUUGUGCUCUAUGGCAUGGCAGUACUUCCAUCUAACGAUGUCCUGUUGUCCACAGGGAAAACCAAAGUCCAACAACUUAAUAUUACCACUGGCAAGUUAACAGACACUGUAUAUAAUGUGGAUCCUUUAUUUUCUACAGACAUCCACAUUGUCAGUGAUAAUAAAGUAGUUGUAGGAGGUAAUUAUGAUAAACUAGGAAGAAAAGCUGUAUUUGUAAUGAAUGAUCAAGGAGAACACCAGACUGUGUAUGAACAUGAUCAGCAUAAUAAACCUAUAUUUACCUAUACAAAGAGUAUAACCAGUACCAGUAAUGGGAAUAUACAUGUGGCAGAUUAUAACACAGAUAGUGACAGAGGUAGAGUGGUGGUGUUAGGACAUGGAGGGGGUAUAAUCAAUUCAUAUACAGGACAUACAGAUGUCAACAAGGACAUACCAUUUAUACCAGUCAAAAUAGUGGCAACACCAAGAGAUAAUGUCAUUGUAGUGGAUAUGAACAGUAACUACCUGCAUAUUCUAACCAAUGCAGGUCAGCUCCUUACAUUCUACAACAUAAAAGACAUAGGAAUAAUAUUGCCUUUCUCCCUAGCCUUUACACCAACAGGGCAGCUCUUCAUUGGAUGUACCAAACCUAAAGGGGCUACAACCAAGGAAGCCAAAUUAUAUGAAGUCAAUAUAUCAGGUUGUUAAACUAUUGAUAGAAACAAUAAGUAAAUAAGAGGCUGUCAGAGUGACAGCAAACCAGAUUUUCCUGCAUGAAAAUGAUAUUUGCAAAUCUUGACCCCCAAACAGGAUCAAGUAAAAAAAAAUAUAUAUAGCAUUCAGAAAAUUAGUUUAUACAGAAUAACAAACAAACCUACCACAAAAUUCUUCAAACAAUUUACCAAAGAAAAGAAAAAAAAAUCCAAAAUAUCAUUUAUCAUUAAUACAGUGUCUUUUAAAAAUCUAUAAAACUUAUCUGUAAUUAUCUUCAAAAUGUCUAAUAAUGAAAAGUAAAUUUCAACUAUAUUUAUACUGACCUACAGAGCUUAUCAUAAACAACACUUAGGAAACACAAAAUUUUCAAAUAAAUCUGUCACUCCAAUUAUAAUUUUGUGAUUGAUAAUAACCACAUGCUUUGUUAUCUUAAAAACACUUAGUGUAAUCAAACUUUAUAUAUAUAAUUAAUAGUUCACAUUUUUUCUUUCUUUCAUUUGUCACAAACUAAUAUCUGCAACUUAUCUAUCAAUGUCAACAACUUUAUCUAAACAAUGUAAUGUAAUGAAAUAUAUCCUUUAAUAAAGAUAGAUUAUUAUCUAAUGAAAAUGAUAUUUGCAAAUCUGGACCCCCAAACAGGAUCAAGCAAAAAUUAAACAUUAACACACCCAACAAAAAUAAAAUACCACAUAACAACUGUGACAUCUACCUUCAAAACACACAUGACUUAAAAAAGAUAGCUAUAUAUAAAGAAAUUUUUGACAAUACCUGACUGAAAUCAAUUGAACAGAUACAAUCAUUGAUAGACUAUCUAUCCAUAUACUUAUUAAUUACACCAUUUCUGUUCAAAGGGAAAUAACUCAAAAUAAAAAUAAAUCAUAUAAUAAAUUAAUAUCACUUUUCGCUACUGAAAGGUCUACAACUCAACAACGAGAAAACUAAAAUCGUGAAAAUUGAACUUGACCUUCAUUUAGUCACAGGAAAAAACAUAUCUAAAUUUGAAAAGAUUUCGUUAAAGGGUUUUCAUGUUAAUGAACGGACACUGUUUGGCAGCCGCCCGCCCGCCCACCGUACAUCCGCAAAUCAAUAACCAAUUUUUCCUUCGAAAAUCUGGUUUAAAAUGAACCAUUAAACAGUGUUGCUUAAUCAUAAUUGGUUCAAAAAAUUGAUAAUUACAACUAAUAAGUUAUAAUUUAAUUUUGGAUGUUACAUGUCUUCUGAUUGGCUGAAAGUGUUUUGUCUAUCAGCUCAUAGACAUAAUUUUGUCAUGUGACAGUGAAGUCAUCAAUGUUUUUCUCAUGAUUUACUCCUUAAAAAUAGAAUUAAAUUAUAAGGAAUGACUGUAAUAUUUUUUCUGUCUAUUCGAAAUAACCUCAGAAAUGUGGUGCACACUUUUAAAUAACCCGCAAUACUAUGUAACAAGCAAAUAUUACAUUAGGCAAAGUUAAAAAAAUUACUGGGUUAUUUCAAAUUAAUCCAGAAUUUGACUUUAGUUGAUAACUAUUCUAUAUCAUAGUAGAUCCUAUGAUUGUUAACAUGACCAUAAGAUGUGUCAUGAUUUUAGUCAACUUUAGAUUGUCUAUCAUUUUAUUUAUGAAAAAUCAAUAAGCUAUACCAAAAUCAUAUGCAAGAUAAUGUUUAAUGGUACUGUUCUAUGAAAAUAUUAGAUACAUAAAAUGAAGCAAACAUAAUGACCUAAAGCCCAUUUAUUACACAUACCCUAUCUGAAGGUAUAUACUGUUUACAAUUUUUUAUUUUAAAAAUUGAAAUAAAAUAAACAAACUUGUUUGUAUAUUUAUGUAUAAGAAGAUAUUGUUGCUGUAGGAAAUGUACAUACUAGGAGAUUGGAUAUAUACAGCAUUUUUUUAAGUUUUGACAUGAAGUUUAUAGUUAAGGCAUAAAGUUAUAAUGUUUGAUUUUAAGAUACAGCUGUUUAAGUUUAACAAUCUCCUAAUAAUUUUUUGAACCAUGUUCCUUAUUUUAGAGAUAAGCAUGUUAAUUUAUUUAUCCAGUGCAUAUUAUUAGACAAAUUUCAAUUCUAUAUAUGUUUUGGUUUAUUCUUUCAAUUAAACAUGUUGAUUGGAAUCCAUUAAACCAAAGUGCAAAUAGAGAUGUUCAUAAUAGUAAUACAUGUCAUACUGUCAUCCAGACAAUAAUUUCAAAAUCCCUUUUCAGUGUUUUCUGUGCAGUAAAUUUUGAAACAAUCACAAUAUUUAUUGUACAACAGACAAAUUUCUUGACAUGAAAAAAAAAUUUAAUGCUGCAUUCAGAAUGUAUAGGAAUUUUUUUUAGGUUCAUCUGACCUUUACCUCAUUUCAUAUUUCAGUAAUUGAGUUUUAGUAAUUAGGUCAAUUUCUAUGAUAAUUUUACAAAUAGGUCAUAUAUAUUUGGUCAGACGUAUAUAUGUCUCAGAUUUGGUUUCUAGAAUGGUUGUUAGGCAGGGUUCAUCUGAUCUUGACCUCAUUCUCAUGGUUCAGUGAUCAUUGUAAAGUGUUUGUGAUAGGUCAGUUUCUCCCAUAAUAUAAUUAAAAUCAUUUGAUUGUUUGCUUGCUUAACCUCCAUAACU